AUGCCGUACUCACAGGCGAGUCAUCUGGCUGCGAUGAAUGAAUAUCUGGAGGCCCUGGGCUUGACUGACAUCGCCCAACUCGGUUACGGCUCUGGUGCACCUCCCGCGGAUGACGCGCAGCUCUUCGCUGGUUCGAUUUGGAUGUCUUCGGGCACUAUAACUGGAGCCCUUGGACAGUGCAGGCAACAUUUGCUCCACCCCGCUUCGCAUAACUCAAUGCAUACUGGCCGACUCCCCGAAACUCGCGUGCGCAAGCGCUAUAGGCGUUUCAACGAGCUAUACAACGGUGUUCUUGCGCGCUUGGAUCGCCUCACGCUGGCCUUCAUUCUGGAAGACGACCGUCGCACCAUUCUUGCUGCUGACCUGCUCCAAAUCGUUAUCAAUCGCGCCCAUCUCCUCGUGGAUGCCUUGCAGAGCAAGGAGUCUGUAGUGGACGUCGAUCCAAUCGGAUAUCGAGAGGUUAUCGAGCGUCUCAACGCAGUCAGCGCACGAACCAAGAUCGGCUUUCCUCGCCUGAGUUCCUCUCAGUUCGGCGUCAUCAUACCUCCUCCCCCCAACUCUCGCCUCCCAACGCUGGAAGAGUUCCGUGUCCGGCCGGAGGACAUCCGUGUCCCUCUCGUCGCUGACGAAAGCGAGCGCCUCCAGCCAGGCUUUGUUCAGGUGAAGGCUAGCGAGCUGAUGUCGGUGAGAGCUGCUGUGGAGGACAAACUCACCUACAUGGUGCAACGCUCUUUCCCCGAUGUUGACGUCCAAGGAAAUGGCGUUGUCCGCUCCAUGUUCCCAUCGCUGUUCGACGCAUUCGACGCAGCGCCGGCGCCGGCUCCUUACGACACGCAACGACGCCAGGCGCCGCGCAAUUCACUCUCCUACUCCCUCAUCCCCCGACCGCCUGUCGGACGCGCCUCCAGCUUCCCGCCGUCCCCCACAAUGUGUCGGCCAAGCGGCCUCGCUCCGGCUCACCAUACACCGCCAGCUCUGCCGCAACCCACUCCCACAAAUACACUGGCUAUCACGAGCGCGCGUCGGCGGCGCCCCCUUGGGCAGGGUCGAAACCCUUCCUUGCCCAAGCCUUUCUUCCGCUACGACAACAUCGGCCCCGCCGCCGGUGUGGCCGGCCCGUCCACUGUCACCCCAGCUGUCACCCCAGCUGCGGCGGCGAAGGCCAUCACUGCUGGCUCCACCGUCUCUCUCACGGAAGCUGUGGAUGUCUGUGAGGGCAUGUCGCCAUCAACUCGCCAAUAUACGGAGAACCUGGAGCUCGAGGGUGCUUCGGUGGAUGCUGUCGGCGAACCAGACGCAACUGUGAACCAAGAAAUGGACACUUCGGCAGGUUGA